GUCAUGCCAUGUCCAUUUCAAGUUGUCGAAGCCAGGGACAGAGCACGCCCGGGCUCCUUCACCGUAGGGGUCUUUGGAGGCCCAAGAGACACCCCAGCCUCUACUCUCCACUCCACUCCCUGUCGGCUAUUCCCAGCUGAGCAAAAGUUUCAGCCUGCAGCUGUGCAGGAAGGUCCCAGCAGCCAGCCUGACCCUGCUACUGUGACCAUAGUCACAUGUCCCACCAGCUUGGAACUGUGUGAGACCUGGCACCUCAGACUCUAGGAAGACCAGGCUGCUGUGGUCUCCUGAGGCCCCUGUGGCCCUGGGCCUCUGCUCCAGUCCUGCAGGGGGCGCGCGGCGCCUCCCGGGUGCACGUGACAAACUGCCCAGGGUUCUUCAUACCCCUCUCCCCCAGCCCUGUCUAGGUGGUACUUGCACGCACCAUUUACGGUUCCUUCCCUGGACGACUGGCCAGCGCAGCUGGUGAGACAGUCGCUCUUGGGAUUUGUGAAAGGUGUAGGCUGCCGCCCUAGUCAGAGCUGGUGUGCUCCAGGCCCCUUGGUGGUGGGGACCCUGGAGGUUCCCGUCAGUUUUGUGGGGCUUCCGUGCGGCUUGGGUUGCAGGACCCUAAAGCCUUGGAGCCAGCUAGGGGUGGCACUAGGCUCACUGAUGCCAAUCAUACCGUGGGCCCCACCCAAGUGUCCUUGCUGACUUCUGAAUCGCCUGGCCCUAGGCCUGGGUGGGGCCAAAAUCUAGCUGGAGGUGGAAUCACCACGCCUUCUGUGCCCGCGGCCAGGGGGCGGGGCCAGGCGGGGACCGUCCCCCAAGCAGCUGGCAGGAGCUGGAAAGACCUGGGAGUGCGGCUAGACCCGACACGUGCCGCCUGGGGCCGGCCACUGGGACCCCUCUGUGUCCGCAAGCCGGCAGACCGCCCUCCACCCCCCGCCCAUUCUAGCUGUCGGGAAAGGCGGUUGCUCCCCCGGUGACCGCCCCCUGCGGGCUCCCGUUUCCCGGAGUGUCUUGCAUAAGCUGGCCCUGGGCACCGGCCAUUGGGGAGCACGGUGUCACGUGGGCCCGGGAGGGAGGCCGGGGCGAGAUGGCGGCGGAGCAGGAUCCCGAAGAGCGCGCGGCGGCGCGGCCGCUGCUCACCGACCUCUACCAGGUCACCAUGGCGCUGGGCUACUGGCGCGCGGGCCGGGCGCGCGACCCCGCCGAGUUCGAGCUCUUCUUCCGCCACUGCCCUUUCGGCGGCGCCUUCGCUCUGGCCGCGGGACUGCGCGACUGUGUGCGCUUCCUGCGCACCUUCCGCCUGCGGGACGCAGACGUGCAGUUCCUGGCCUCGGUGCUGCCCCCAGACACUGACCCCGCGUUCUUCGAGCACCUCCGCGCCCUGGAUUGCUCCGGGGUGACGGUGCGGGCCCUGCCUGAGGGCUCCCUCGCCUUCCCCGGCGUGCCGCUGCUGCAGGUGUCCGGGCCACUCCUGGUGGUGCAGCUGCUGGAGACGCCGCUCCUCUGCCUGGUCGGCUACGCCAGCCUCAUCUCCACCAACGCCGCGCGGCUUCGCCUGAUUGCGGGGCCAGAGAAACGGCUGCUGGAGAUGGGGCUGCGGCGCGCUCAGGGCCCGGACGGGGGUCUCACGGCCUCCACCUACAGCUACCUGGGGGGGUUCGAUGGCAGCAGCAACGUGCUCGCAGGGCAGCUGCGCGGCGUGCCCGUGGCGGGAACCCUGGCACAUUCCUUCGUCACUGCCUUCUCAGGCACUGAGGUGCCCCCUGACCCGAUGUUGGCUCCAGCUGCUGGUCAGGGCCCCAGGGUGGACCUGGCCGCCUGUGUGGAGGUGUGGCUGGAGCGUGUUUGUGCCUACAUGGGGCUGGGGGUGCAGGAGCCGCACCCGGGGGAGCGGGCGGCCUUCGUGGCCUAUGCUCUGGCCUUUCCUCGGGCCUUCCAGGGCCUGCUGGACACCUACAGUGUGAGGAGGAGUGGGCUUCCCAACUUCUUGGCUGUCGCUCUGGCUCUGGGGGAGCUGGGCUACCAUGCGGUGGGCGUGAGGCUGGACAGCGGUGACCUGCUUCAGCAGGCCCAGGAGAUCCGUGGGCUCUUCAGGACCACUGCGGCCCAGUUCCAGGUGCCCUGGCUGGAGUCCAUCCCCAUUGCUGUCAGCAACAACAUUGAUGAGGGGGAGCUGGCCCGCCUGGCCCAAAAGGGCAGUGAGGUGAACGUCAUCGGCAUUGGCACCAGCGUGGUCACCUGCCCCGGCCAGCCUUCCCUGGGCUGCGUCUACAAGCUGGUGUCUGUGGGAGGCCAGCCACGAAUGAAGCUGACCGAGGACCCCGAGAAGCAGACACUGCCUGGGAGCAAGGCCGCCUUCCGGCUCCUAGGCUCUGACGGGUCUCCACUGUUGGACGUGCUGCAGUUGGCGGAGGAGCCACCACCCCAGGCUGGCCAGGACCUGAAGGUCUGGCCUCGAGGGGCCCAGGAGCCCUGUAUUGUGAGGCCAGCCCAUGUGCAGUCACUGCUGCGACUCUGGGUCCAGCAGGGACAGCUGUGUGAGCCUCUCCCACCUCUGGCUGAAUCUAGAGCGUUAGCCCAGCUGUCUCUGAGCCAGCUCGGCCCCACACGCAGGCGGCUAGAGCAGCCGGAGCUGUACCAGGUGGCGCUGUCCGAGAAGCUGCAGGCCCUGGUGGAAAGGCUGAAGGCUCCAGGACCCCAGUGAGAGCCUCAUGGUGGGGCUGCCUGAAAUUAACAUGAGUUGCUCACUAC